AUGACAGCGGAGGAAACGAUAAAUGUGAAGGAGGUGGAGAUUAUCAAGGUGAUCCUGGACUUUCUCAACUCCAGAAAGUUGCACAUCAGCAUGCUGGCGCUGGAAAAGGAAAGUGGAGUCAUCAAUGGACUGUAUUCAGACGACAUGCUCUUCCUCAGGCAAUUGGUCCUGGACGGCCAGUGGGACGAGGUUUUACAGUUCAUCCAGCCUUUAGAGUGCAUGGACAAGUUUGAUAGAAAGAGGUUUCGUUACAUCGUCCUAAAGCAGAAGUUUCUUGAGGCUCUGUGUGUGAACAACGCCAUGUCUGCUGAGGAAGAACCGCAACACAUGGAGUUCACCAUGCAGGAAGCGGUCAAGUGUCUCCAUGCUCUGGAGGAGUUCUGCCCCUCUAAAGAUGACUACAGCAAACUGUGUCUGCUGCUCACGCUGCCGCGCCUCACAAACCACGCCGAGUUCAAGGCGAGAGCCUCCCCUCAUGUUCAUGACUGGAACCCGAGCACUGCCAGGGUGCAGUGUUUUGAGGAGGCCUGCAUCAUGGUGGCGGAGUUCAUCCCGGCGGACAGGAAGCUGAGCGAGGCUGGAUUCAAGGCCAGCGGAGAUCGGCUCUUCCAGCUGCUUCUGAAGGGAGUUCUGUACGAGUGCUGCGUGGAGUUCUGCCAGAGCAAGGCGACGGGAGAGGAGAUCACGGAGGGCGAGGUCCUCCUGGGCGUGGACAUGCUGUGCGGGAACGGCUGCGACGACCUGGACCUGUCUCUGCUCUCCUGGAUGCAGAACCUCUCCCACAGCGUUUUCUCCUGCGCCUUCGAGCAGAAGCAGCUCAGCAUCCACGUGGACCGGCUGGUCAAGCCCGCCAAGACGGGCUACGCCGACCUCCUCACGCCGCUGAUCAGCAAGCUCUCCCCCUACGCCUCCUCGCCGCUCCGCCGCCCUCAGUCCGCCGACACCUACAUGUCCCGCUCCCUGAACCCGGCGCUGGACGGCCUGUCCUACGGGCUGUCCGGGCAGGAGAAGCGAGCGUGCGGCGGGGACGCGGCGCCCGGUAAGGGCGUCUCUCCCAUGUCGCAUUCGUUCGCCAACUUCCACUACCCCGGAGCGGGGGGGCCGGGCCUGAGCAGGAGUCUCAUGAUGGAGAGCGCCGACUGCCACAGCAUCUUUGAGGAGUCCCCCGAAACGUCGAGGACAGACACCCCCGUGGAUAAGAUGAUGGGCUCAGGUGGAGCUCAGAGCCUGCGUCCGGCCUCAGCACCGGGCGAGGACGCACCCGCCGGUGGCUCUGCAGACAAGAAUGAGGAACACGUCAAACGAAAUGAAGUAUUGCGCUUUACCCCUCAGCUUCGUGACUCAACGGAGAAGUAUGAGGAGUAUUAUCGCCAGCGUCUGCGUGUGCAGCAGCAUCUGGAGCAGAAGCAGCAGCAGAGACAAAUGUACCAGCAGAUGCUGCUGGAGGGGGGCGUCCAGCACGAGCCCCCGCCCAGCGACAUGCAGCACAGCCUCACAGAGAAGUUCCUCAACAGGUCCAUUCAGAAGCUGGAGGAGCUCAACGUGGGGAUGGAGGAUUUGGGGGAAGAGGUGAAGUCUCUGGCCCAGCAGUGCAACGGCAACGGGAACACGCCCCCCUCCGAAGACAACAACAACCCUCCCGCCGUGACCCCGGAGCACAGCCAGGCCCGGGGGGGAGGGGUGCUCAGCAGCACCCCCCAGCGCAGCGUGGGAGGCCGCUCGGUCCCCCCCCCAGACGAGUCCCCCGUCGUCUCGCAGAGCGGGCAGAAACCAAAAAGUCAACCCGGUGACUCUCCAGAAUCUUUAUCCCGGAGUAAAGAGGGCGAGAAUACAAAAAGCCUGUUUGUGCCGGUGCACACUUUGGAGGACACGCAGGCUGUGAGGGCUGUUGCCUUCCACCCGUCUGGAGCUCUGUAUGCUGUGGGCUCCAACUCCAAAACUCUCCGUGUGUGUGCGUAUCCAGAAAAACUGGACACCAGCGGAUCCAGCCCCAUAAAGCAGCCAGUGGUUCGCUUCAAGAGGAACAAACACCACAAGGGCUCCAUCUACUGCGUGGCCUGGAGUCACUGUGGUCAGCUGCUGGCCACGGGCUCCAAUGACAAAUACGUCAAAGUCUUACCUUUCAGCGCCGAGACGUGCAACGCCACAGGUGAGCCGGCCGGGCGGGCGGUCAGCCGGCCGGGCGGGCGGUCAGCCGGCAGCCCCGCACUCAGGGGCGGGGCGGGCUCUCAUGUCUGUGUGUGUGUGUGUGCUCCAGGCCCGGACCUUGAGUUCAGCAUGCAUGACGGCACCAUCAGAGACCUGGCCUUCAUGGAGGGUCCCGAAAGCGGGGGGGCCAUCCUGAUCAGCGCCGGAGCCGGGGACUGCAACAUCUACACCACCGACUGCCAGCGCGGACAGGGGCUGCACGCCCUCAGUGGACACACAGGUCACAUUCUGUCUCUUUACACGUGGGGGGGCUGGAUGAUCGCCUCGGGCUCUCAGGACAAAACCGUCCGCUUCUGGGACCUCCGGGUGCCCAGCUGUGUGCGGGUGGUGGGCACGGCUUUCCACGGCUCAGGCAGUCCUGUUGCCUCGGUAGCGGUGGACCCCAGCGGCCGUCUCCUAGCAACGGGACAGGAGGACAGCGCUUGCAUGCUGUACGACAUCAGAGGGGGGCGGAUCGUCCAGAUGUACCGGCCGCACAGCAGCGACGUCCGCUCCGUCCGGUUCUCUCCCGGAGCGCACUACCUGCUCACCGGCUCCUACGACACCAAGGUGAUGGUCACCAACCUUCAAGGUGACCUGACCAAACAGCUGCCCCUGACCGUGGUGGGAGAGCACGGCGACAAGGUGAUCCAGUGUCGGUGGCACACCCAGGACCUGUCCUUCCUCUCAUCCUCUGCCGACCGCACUGUCACACUGUGGACACACAACCCAUAA